UGGCACUUUAAAUAUGGAGAGGGACACGCUGCGCUCAGACGCUCUCCACGCGAAACACCAGACGAGCCGUUUGUCUGAGCUGUUCUCUGGGCUCGACCUGAACGAGUCCGCCGCGACAUGAGGAGGUUGUCUCGCGUGUUGCACUCGAUCAAUCCAAGGCGAAGGUAGCUCCAGUGACCGUGCGUCUCCUUCGUUCCUUUCAUUCAACUCGACGCGGGACGGCUCGGCCGGGCGGGGAUCUCCACACGCCGACUGCAGAAGUUUCAGUUGAACCGAGAGCGACGACCGCCGGAGCCCGGGCCGAUCACCCCCCCUCAGAAGCGGGGCGCGUCAACAUGAGCUCCGACAAGAGCAAAGUGGAGGAUGAAGCAGUGUUGGACCGAGGAGCAUCCUUUGUCAAACAUGUCUGCGAUGAAGAGGAAGUAGAAGGUCACCACACUGUGUACAUUGGAGUGCAUGUUCCCAAGAGCUACCACCGGAGGAGACGACACCGGCGCAAGUCCAGCCACAAGGACAAGCGGGAACGAGUGGAACAGAGUGUGGAGGGCUACAAGUCCGAUGGGGAGAAUGCAGACGACUCCACCACAAACAUCCUCAAGCCUCUCAUUUCUCCAGCCGAGAGGAUCAGGUUUAUCCUGGGUGAGGAGGACGAUGGCCCCCCACCACCUCAGCUCUUCACCGAGCUGGACGAGCUGCUGUCUGUGGACGGGCAUGAGAUGGAGUGGAAGGAGACGGCCAGAUGGAUCAAGUUCGAGGAGAAGGUUGAGAAGGGAGGCGAGCGCUGGAGUAAGCCUCAUGUGGCCACGCUGUCCCUGCACAGCUUGAUGGAGCUCAAAACGUGUAUCGAGAAGGGCACAAUCAUGCUGGACCUGGAGGCCUCCACACUGCCACAGGUUGUCGAGAUGGUCACCGACAGCCAGAUUGAGACGGGUCAGUUGAAGGCAGACUUGAAGGAGAAGGUCAUGUACACGCUGCUGCGGAAACACCGCCACCAGACCAAAAAGUCCAACCUGCGCUCUCUCGCAGACAUCGGCAAGAGUGUGUCCAGUGCAAGUAGACUGUUUUCAAACCAGGAGAAUGCACGCAACCCCCCUGAUCACCCUGUGCCUUCUUUAACCCCACAAGACCCAGAGGAACCGUGUGACGUCAUGAGGAGUUCCAGCAUGGGAUACCUCUGUAGCCCAACCACUGCCCAUCGAAACCUCACCUCCAACAGCCUGAGUGACUUCUCUGACAAACCAGAGAAGGAUCAGCUGAAGAAUAAGUUCAUGAAAAAAUUGCCCCGUGAUGCUGAGGCGUCCAAUGUGCUGGUCGGCGAGGUGGACUUCCUGGAAGCUCCCUUUGUGGCGUUUGUUCGUCUGCAGCAGGCGGUCAUGCUGGGGGCUCUCACUGAGGUCCCUGUGCCCACAAGAUUCCUCUUUGUGCUGCUGGGCCCCAAAGGUAAAGCAAAGUCUUAUCAUGAGAUUGGAAGAGCCAUUGCCACCCUGAUGUCAGAUGAGGUAUUCCAUGACAUUGCCUACAAAGCGAAGAACCGGCAGGACUUGCUGGCCGGUAUCGAGGAGUUCCUAGAUGAGGUCAUCGUCCUGCCCCCUGGCGAGUGGGACCCUGACAUCAGGAUAGAGCCGCCCAAGUCCCUGCCCUCCUCAGACAAGAGGAAGAACAUGUACGCUGGAUUAGAGGCUCCUCAGAUGAACGGCGACGCUGCCCACGAUGCGGGACAUGGAGGGGGAGGAGGUCACCAGGUCGGAGAGGAGCUUCAGCGCACCAGAAAGUUUUGCGGAGGUCUUGUUCUGGAUAUCAAGCGGAAGCUGCCAUUUUUUGCCAGUGACUUCUACGACGCACUAAACAUCCAGUCUCUGUCUGCCAUCCUGUUCAUCUAUCUGGGCACAGUCACCAAUGCGAUCACAUUUGGAGGCUUGCUCGGAGAUGCUACAGACAACAUGCAGGGAGUGUUGGAAAGUUUCCUGGGUACGGCGCUGACGGGAGCCGUGUUCUGUCUGCUGGCCGGUCAGCCCCUGACUAUUCUUAGCAGCACAGGCCCGGUGCUCGUAUUCGAAAGGCUCCUCUUCAACUUCAGCAAAGAGAACGGGUUUGACUACCUCGAAUUCCGGCUGUGGAUUGGCCUGUGGUCGGCCAUAUUCUGUCUGGUGCUGGUCGCCACAGACGCCAGCUUCCUCGUGCAGUACUUCACGCGCUUCACCGAGGAGGGCUUCUCUGCGCUCAUCAGCUUCAUCUUCAUCUACGACGCUUUCAAAAAGAUGAUAAAGCUGGCCCACCACAACCCCAUCAACGCCGAGUACGAUCACAACCUCGUCACCCUCUACGACUGCCAAUGCGUGCCUGGCAACUCAUCAGAAGUCCUUGAUGUCUCUGCCUUGACAAACGGUACAGAUCUGUCAGUGAACUCCACCUGGGCGUCCCUGGACAGGCAGCAGUGUGCGAAGUAUGGAGGGCAGCUGGCCGGAGAGGCCUGCGGCUAUGUGCCUGACAUCACCCUCAUGUCCUUCAUCUUGUUCUUUGGGACCUACACCUGCUCCAUGGGCCUGAAGAAGUUCAAGACGAGCCGCUUCUUCCCCACCACAGUGAGGAAGCUCAUCAGUGACUUUGCGAUCAUCUUGACCAUUCUUCUCUUCUGCGGCGUGGAUGCCUUUGUUGGGGUGGACACUCCCAAGCUCAUAGUGCCAAGUGAAUUCAAGCCCACAAAUCCACACAGGGGCUGGUUUAUUCCCCCUUUUGGAGGGAACCCCUGGUGGGUGUACCUGGCAGCCGCACUCCCCGCGCUCCUGGUCACCAUUCUGAUAUUUAUGGAUCAGCAGAUCACCGCCGUGAUCGUCAACAGGAAAGAGCAUAAACUCAAGAAAGGGGCAGGGUAUCACUUGGACCUUUUCUGGGUGGCCGUCCUGAUGAUCGUCUGCUCCUUCAUGGGCCUGCCGUGGUACGUGGCGGCCACCGUCAUCUCCAUCGCCCACAUCGACUCUCUGAAAAUGGAGACCCAGACGUCAGCCCCCGGAGAGCAGCCUAAAUUCCUUGGUGUCAGGGAGCAAAGAGUCACCGGGAUCUUUGUGUUCCUGCUCACAGGACUCUCCGUCUUCAUGGCCCCUAUCCUCAAGUUCAUCCCCAUGCCUGUGCUCUAUGGCGUGUUCCUCUAUAUGGGAGUGGCGUCGCUCAACGGUGUCCAGUUCAUGGACCGCCUGCUGCUGGUGCUGAUGCCCGCCAAGCACCAGCCGGACCUGAUCUACCUGCGCCACGUCCCCCAGCGACGCAUCCACCUCUUCACCUUCAUCCAGGGCCUUUGUUUGGCCCUGCUCUGGAUCCUCAAGUCCACCGUGGCGGCCAUCGUCUUCCCUGUCAUGAUCUUGGCCUUGGUUGCAGUGCGCAAGGCCAUGGACUACGUGUUCUCCCAGCACGACCUCAGCUACCUGGACGACGUCAUUCCAGAGAAAGACAAGAAGAAAAAAGAGGAUGAGAAGAAGAAGAAAAACAAGAAGAAGGGGAGCAUCGACAGUGAAACUGAAUUUUCUGACUACCCAUACCAUGAAAAUAUCCCCAGUAUAAAAAUCUCUAUGGAUAUGAUGGAAAAGGAGCCCAUGUUGGGGGAUAAAUCUCUGGAUAGAGCUCAAUCGCAGACUCUCCUUAACCCACAUUCGCCGUGCUGAACACUACUUGGAGUCUCCCACAGUGGCCGAGUAAUCUCGAAAGAGGUUCAUACGAACUGGGUUUGCCUCAGAUUCGAAUUGGCCGGGGCUCUGAGGAUAAUGGUUUCCUCUGGAAGAGGGGCUCUGAAACUGAUCUGUGACUCAAUCACCCAAAGAACCAAGCAGAACCAGCACAACCUCCUCUUUAGUACAAGUUGUACCGAAUUCGGACAGGAUGGAGGCAUUUGAAAUUCAAAUUUAAACUCUUUGGUGGUACUGAAUUUUAAUGAGGGCUGACACCAGAGCGACGUGAUUGUUCUUCAGCCAUGUGAUUCCCUGCAGAAAACAAAAGGGGCUACUCAAAGUCCUUUUUGUAAGCAGUUUUUAUGGGACAUCAAUAUCUUAUUAAUGUGUAUGCUAUAAUUUAUCAAGCAUCCAGCACAAUAUGUAUAAUCAUCAAAGAGGUGCAGAAUACAGUAGAUUUGCAGAAUACAGAUGGCUUCAUACACUUUUCCUUUUCUUCACUUUAUGUAUAUUUUUUCCCCCCAAAGAACAUGAAACAUCACCAGCCUCUUCUAAUGUUUCUUGUAUGUUUUGCGUCAUAACUACUGGAAUUUUUUAAAACAUAGUGGAGGUGUUGCAAUUAAUGGCGAGUACUGUUGAUACACACAAGAAAUCCUCCUUUUCUUGUAGUGAGCAAAAGUCUACGAAAGGUCAUCUGUGAGCAGACAUUCAGUUUUGUAUAUAUGGGGCAUAUAAUAUGCAUAAAUUAUUUAUCAAGCAUCCGUCUAAGGCUGCAUAUUCAAACGCAACAACACAUUUCGAAGGUAAUAUAAGAAUACAAUGUUUGUUUUCAGUACAGUACAUGCUGCAAAUUCUAUUUUUGUUUUCCAACCGCCCCUUUUUAUAUAUAUAUAUAUAUAUAUAUUUAUUAUAUUUAAACUCUCGGUUGUAUUAAUCUCAAGUAUUGCUUUACUUUUUAACAUCCCCAUCUGAGCAAAUUCUUUGUGGUAAAUAUUCACUCGGCUAUUAUUUUCCUGUUGUAGGGAGAUAAUGCUGUAGAUAUAUUACAUCUGUAUGUAGUUCUACCUCUUGUUUUCUGUAGGUGCCAGGCAUUAUAUAUUACAAACAUCUCUGUCAUGCAAUUUUUUGUGAUCCAACUCUGAUUUUUUUCUCCAGCUGUCACUGCAUAGGAUCUUUGAAUCUUUACAUAGAAUUCCUUUUUUUUGUUCUCUGACUUUCUUUUUGCAACAUUGAAUAAUUAUGUAUGGUUUUAGUAUUUUAACGGUUAAUUCCAACAAAGUUACUUCUUAGGUUUUUCCACCGAAACAUUUGAAACCUUUUGUUUCAACUAUAGAUGCAGAGAAUAUAAAAUGGCAUUAUGAUAAUGAAACAUCAUCAUUCAACGGUUGGUGUACUGAUGUUAUGGGGGCAGUGAAGUGAUGGCCGUCCCUGUCUAAUCCAUCUGAAUGCAUGAAGUCAAUGUGUGUACACACACACACACACACACACACACACACACACACACACACACACGUGAUUAUAUUUAAAAUCUGUGAAUGUGAUAAAAGUUCAAUCUUUGAGUAAAUUUGUAUCUUAUUUUUUUUUAUGUUAUUGUUAUAUUUUUAAUGAAAAUCAACAAUCACUGUGAAGAACUACUGCUCUAUAGUGUAAAAGUGCUUCACUAUAAAACAGCUGAGAUGAUCUUUAUUGCAUCAUAAUCUAAAUUCUAUUUAGGGACAGUUUGACGAGCAGUGAAACGCAUCCGUCUUUAAUCUUGCAAUAUUGUGUAAAUGUCUUUAUCAUGCUCUUCUUGCUGAUUGAAGUGUACACUGUAACUAAUUCAGUAGAUUUAAGAUAUUCUUGCACUUGAACGUAACAUCUCAAUCAUUUGAAACAUUUAUCUUAGAAGAAAAUCAUUUUUUAAUGCAAAUGAGUCUUUAAGGCUUUAAGUAAUGUUUUCCAAAUCACAUCAGUAUGUGAAGCACAAGACUGGUUAAGUCACUUUGAACCAAAAAUUAAAAACCACAUCGUCUUCCACACUGAUCUGUGAUCUGCGUAAAACUGAUUUUUAGACCUGCUGGUUCUGAUUCCACAAACAAUGCAAUACUUUUUUUUAAAAAUACUCUUACUCUGAAAAACAGUUUUAUACAAGCGUCUUAAAUGCUCGAUAACAGAAUUGUCUACUCAGAUGGAAACAAGGUCAGAGGGAUUCAAUUUUUUAUGGAGCAGUGUUUUGAAUGAGAGCAAUAAAACAAUCCAGAUGAUUCUUAAA